AUGGCGUGUAAACUUGUGGUGCUGGGAAAACACCUCACCCUGCUCUCUGUCGUGAUUUUGAUCUUCUUUUACCUGUACAAGAACAAAGGCAGCUACGUCACCUACGAACCUGCAGGUGGCAAGCCCAGCAGUGUUGUCCUAAUGGAGAAUGACUCAGCUAAGGGCAGGGAGAAGGAAGAAUAUUUCAUCUAAUGGUUCCAGUCCCCAAGGAGCUUAUCCAGGCUCCAGUGCUAACACACUACUUAUUAGGUGAAAGUUUUACCUGAAACUGGUGAGAAGCAUCCACUGAUAUGGGUAGACCUGAGCUCCUUCCAGGACAUGGACCCAAAUGCCAGCAUCACUGACACCAGGGGACACGAAGAAAGCUGUUCAUGUCUCUAGCCAGGCCUCUGUCACACAGCUUCUGACUGAUGAGUGAGAUAGAGCUGUACUGGGCAACACUGGAGUAUAUACCCAGUCAUCUUCACUUUUUUCACAGGCUGAAGGGAAGAAGAGAGUUGGGGGUCACUUGAUGCUCCUCUGUCCCUUACCUGGCCACCUAGUGACAACCCGAGUGGAAGUAAUAGUCUUAGUUCUUCCAAGAGGCGAGAGAUCACAAGGAAAGGCCAGACCAGGAGGGCCAAGAGACUGUGGAGACCUCCCUCCUGAUGAAUGUGCCACACUCCUUAAUCUGAGCCCUUCCUUUCCUUAUCUCCCAACAGUCUAGACAUAUACUAUUUUUAUCAGAAUUAAAACCAUUCAUUGAUACAGAAA